CAAGUGGACACGCUGUCAGUCAAGUUGCAUCAUCAAGUUCGGAGUUAAUGCAGUUUACUUAAUAGCUGCAGAAGCUACAGAGGAGAGGACGAGAGACUAGGACACACACACAGAAGGAUGGGGAGAGAAGCAGGCUAAUGGAGAGGGGAGUGCCUCAGUCAGACCCGUACACACAGCAAACCUUGCUGACUGAUGUCUACCAUGGAUCCCAGCACUGAGAGCUAACCGGGCUCACAGCUUCAAAGACCAGGGUAGCAGGCGAGAGCAUCAGCACCCACUGGCUGAUCCAGGGUGACUGCUGCCUGACCAGGGUGACUUCAAGGUAUUGUUGCCCAGGCAACAAAUCAUCCCUCCUCCCCCCCAACCCCCAACCCAGACCAAACAUCUGGUUCCUGCCCGCACCCCCUGGCUGUGAAGGAUGGGUGAUGGGCCUGUGAUUGACCCCGCCUGCCUGCCUCGUCCCACCCUCCCAUGGAGCCAAUGUGGAACUCCUCCCACCCUUCCGCGCAGGCCAAUAUCUCAGCCUUGUGGUACCCUGAGGGCGGGGCUCUGUCCCAGUGGCUGGCCCUGCUAGCCAUGCUGCUCAUGGCUCUGCUGGCAGUGGUGGGCAACCUGGCUGUCAUGGCCGUCAUCGCCAAGGCCCCGCAGCUGAGGAAGUUUGCCUUUGUGUUUCAUCUGUGUCUAGUGGAUCUGCUGGCAGCCCUGGUGCUCAUGCCCUUGGGCAUGCUCUCAGGCCGUGCAUUCUUUGGCGAGGCGCUGUGUCGGAGCUACCUCUUUCUGAGUGUGUGUCUGGUCAGCGCCGCCAUCCUCUCCAUCUCCGCCAUAAACGUGGAGCGCUACUACUACGUCAUCCACCCCAUGCGCUACGAGGUCAAGAUGACGGUGGGCCUGGUGGUCUCGGUGCUGGUGGGCAUCUGGGUCAAAGCCUUAGCCAUGUCGGCUUUGCCUGUGUUGGCGUGGGCCUUGCAGGGGGGCAGGACUCCUUUUUUGGAUGGUGGGGGAGUUGGGGUCGGUGGAGGUGGUGGCGGGGUCGCCUCACCGCCUUCGCAGGGGCACAGGCGCUGCUCCCUGCACUGGACCGGGGGGGGGUUGAACCGCGUUGCUUUCAUGGUCCUCUUUACCUUGGUCUACUUCCUGUGCCCGCUGCUGGUCAUCCUGGUGGUGUACUGCAACAUGUUCAAGGUAGCGAGGGUGGCAGCCAUGCACCACGGGCCACUGCCCACCUGGAUGGAUACGCCUCGGCGCCAGCGCUCUGAAUCACUGAGCAGCCGUUCCACCAUGGUGACCAGCUCUGGCACAGGGACAGAGGCGGGUAGGGGAACCCCUCAGAGGCCCUUUGGAGGGGGCAAGGCUGCAGCGGUGCUGGCAGCAGUAGGAGGGCAGUUCUUAUGCUGCUGGCUGCCAUACUUCACCUUCCACAUGUACUCAGCCCUAGCCUCCAGCCCCCCAGCCACCCUGGCCCCUCUGGAAGAGGUGGUCACCUGGAUUGGCUACUUCUGCUUCACAUCCAACCCCUUCUUCUAUGGUUGUCUGAAUCGUCAGAUCCGAGAGGAGCUGGGCAAACACUUGCCUUGCCUGUUCCGAAGAGCCAGGGGAGAAGAAGAGGACCGCCUGCCCAGCCGUGAAGGCUCCAUAGAGGAGAACUUUCUGCAGUUUCUCCAGGGGACUGGGUGUAACCUAGAACUACCAGACUCCCACAGCACCUCCAGCCCGAAGGGGGAGGCAUGCCGGGCCCUGACCCAGUCCCACCCCCCACAACCCCCCCAGCCCAUCCCCAUAGACUUCCGUAUUCCAGGACAAAUAGCAGAGGAGACCUCAGACUUUCUUGAACAUCACCACAUAAAAAAUAACCAUAUCAUAACAGAUAGCUAAUUUUGAAUAGAUUAAAUUAUGUUUGUUGUGAAAACAGCCUCCGAUUCAAAAGUUUGAUUGUAUGUUUUGUCUUUUGGAUAAUUAAAAUAUAUUGUUUUCCAGGUGUUCUUUUAGUGAGAAUGUUUGUAUUUAUCUUGACUUACAAAGUUGUGCAAGAGGCAAUUCUUGGAUUUGAUUGUCAUCCUUUUUUGUUGUACUGAACAUUUCUCUUUAACUCAUCAAACGGUAUCCUAGUGCAAUGCAAUUAAUUCUCUUUGAUUACCUACUUUGACUCUCUUGCAAACACGCUGUCAGUUUGAAGAAGUACAACAUUGUACUGUGCUAUUGGAGAACCAGCCUUCAAUAAACUGUUACUGUCAGUUUGAAGAAGUACAAUAUUGUACUGUACUAUUGGAGAACCAGCCUUCAAUAAACUGUUCCUGUCAGUUUAAAGAAGUACAAUAUUGUACUGUACUAUUGGAGAACCAGCCUUCAAUAAACUGUUAAUCUGUAAGUAAACAUAACUGACCGGACAAUUAAAAAGGAAAUGUUGUUGAUCUUAUUCGUUGAGUUUCUUACAUGUUACUUGAUGUUUAUUUCUUCAUAAUAAAUGACAGGAACCAAAUGUUUUCUAUUAGAUCCUGAGAGGGGAAUACCUCGCUAAAGACAUUUCUAAUUAAAUUAUUUCAGUAAGCUCCCUUGUCAGCUGAUUUGUACGUUACAUCAAAUGCUACAUUAAUUGGUGUGAUUUCCAGCAAUUGGGCACUUUUCCUCUUGUUUGUCCAGAUAGACAAUACAUCAAUAUCUUUUUUUAUACAUUUUUGAGAACUACAAUACUGUAUAUUUUGAGAGAGCUCCACUGAUAUGACCUAAUAAGAACAAGAGGGAAAUUAUCUGUGACAAAAAAGACAUUGGCAUUGACCAGCCCUGUUGUUUACAGGUAGCUCUUGUUCUGUGCCUUUUAUUUAACACAUCCUGUUUCCAUUCAUGGAGACAAGUUAAUUGUAUCAACAUUUAGGUUAGUUGUCUUUGAAUUCUUCCCAGGGAGUUUUAAGCGUAAUGUAAGUAUACUACAUCCAGAAUUACUUUUGUCAGUUGACCUACAAAUACGUUCAGUUUAGAUGGAGGAGCCCAGCACUUGAGUCGACUUUUAUUGUUGUAUGUGUUCUGUUUAUUAAAGAGAUUCACUUGAACUCGUCAUUGCUUCAUCACUACACAGAUUAUUUGUUACAAAUUGAUUAUAGCAUAUUCUUUAACCGUUUAAUUCAUAAUCUAACAAUUAGGCCUACAUUCCAUUAGUUCACUGUACCAUGUUGGUCUCUUCAACGUGCCGACAAGUUGUUCUAGGUCUACAUGUACCCAGCUCAACAGAUAUACAUACAUUAUGCUCAAGAUUAUUCCCUCUCCUUCAAUCUUGUGUUUUUCUAAGCAGUAAUGACUUUCUACUUCAGGUCAAUCCACGACAGACACUCAAUUGUGUGUUCUGUAAUUCAAAAAAAAUCCAAACAAUAUGAAACGACUCUUACCAUUGAUGGGACAAGAACAGGUGGGGCAAGAACUGGAUGUAUUCAAACAUGUGUUCCUUGUGCCUUCCUGAAACAAGCUUAUAAACUAUGUUGUAGGCUUUGGGGUGUGGCGUGUCACAAACCCUACAGCCUCUGAUAAGUUAUACAGAAACGUAAUAUUUAAAUUUGAUGCUGAUGUUAGGCAAUCACAAGGCCCAUGACUAAAUGUAGGUGUUUGUUAUUGUUGUCCUAACGUAAGCUAGUAUGUUUUUUUUUACUGAUUGAUUUCAUCUGUACUGUAUAUUUAAUAUGAUCUUACUAUUACGUACAAUAUAACUUUAUGCUUGUUCAUGUUUAAGUGUUAUAUACCUGCCAUGUCUUGUACCAGCCGUCAGUGACUCCCCCAGAAGUGAAUUCUUUAUUAUCACUCACAGACUUUAGUUGUUGCUAGUUCUCUCUCUCUUUCUCUCUCUCUCUCUCGUUCACGCCAUGUGUGAUUGGUGCCCUGGUUGCUUUGAUAUUCCAUUGGAAAGAGAGGGGGGAAGAUUCAAUUCAAACACCCUGACCUCCAGGCGACAUUUAAAACUUCAAAGCCAACGUCAAUGCUCUGACAUUCAAGUAAAAGAGGAAAGAAACUGGCACUACAAAGGGUCUGGUGGUGGAUCCUGUCACAUUUCAUUCUCUCCCAAUUGACUGACAGCUAAGGGAAGUCUUGUGUGUGGGCUGAAUGUAGGCUUGUCUGCCAAGAGAGAAUAGGUAUGUCUAUUAUUGUCAACAUAACUGACUCACCACUAACAGUCCUGAUUAAAUGUGAUGAAUACUUGGAAACCUCAACCCAUCUCUUCCUCAAUGUAUUAACAGAGGAAUGUAUAAGCAUGUAUCUAAAUGGGAAUGGAACUUGCUGUCAACAAAUAGGCUACCAUGCAUAUAGUUAACCAAACUAAAUGUUGGAUCUCAAGGCCUCACACCUUACCAAAGGACCUCAGUCAAACCGCCCCCAGCUUCUCCGGGCUCCGCCAUCCACAUGGCAACAUAUACCCAGUGACAUUUCUCUGCCGUACUGUAGCACAUCUCUACAGUAUUGGAAAUGCGUCGUAACCAGCGUCAGUGACUUCACAUCACAUGGACAAUUCUCUUUUUUUCUUGAGGAUUAAAUAACAGUUCAAUGCGCAAAAUGUGCUGAUAGUUUAAUCGAUUAAAGAAUGCAGAUUCAUUCAUUUCACUGAGAGAAAAUACAUCAAUUCGAAACCGAAUAUUUUUCCCAAGGCUUGACAAGACCGAAAUUGUUGAAUACCCGUGUAUCCGUGGGUUAUCAGAUUUCUAGAUUCAAGAUGGGUUGUACGAUCAGCGCCGAGGAUAAAGCUGCCAUGGAAAGGAGUAAAA